AUGGAGUCGCUGACUCUCGCUCGGCGGCCCGGCCCGGCUCCUCCGGCCGCCCUGGCCGACGGGCUCAAGUCGCCCAAGCCGGUGAUGAAGAAGCAGGCGGUGAAGCGGCACCACCACAAGCACAACCUGCGGCACCGCUACGAGUUCCUGGAGACGCUGGGCAAGGGCACCUACGGCAAAGUGAAGAAGGCGCGGGAGAGCUCGGGGCGCCUGGUGGCCAUCAAGUCGAUCCGGAAAGACAAAAUCAAAGAUGAGCAAGACCUGAUGCACAUUCGGCGAGAGAUUGAGAUUAUGUCAUCACUCAACCACCCCCACAUCGUGGCCAUCCACGAAGUGUUCGAGAACAGCAGCAAGAUUGUGAUCGUCAUGGAGUACGCCAGCCGGGGCGACCUGUACGACUACAUCAGCGAGCGGCAGCGUCUCAGCGAGCACGAGGCCCGUCACUUCUUCCGGCAGAUCGUCUCCGCCGUGCACUAUUGCCACCAGAAUGGGGUUGUCCACCGGGAUCUCAAGCUGGAAAACAUCCUCCUCGAUGCCAAUGGCAAUAUCAAGAUCGCUGACUUUGGCCUCUCCAACCUCUACCACCAAGGCAAGUUCCUGCAGACGUUCUGCGGGAGCCCCCUCUACGCCUCGCCCGAGAUUGUCAACGGGAAGCCCUACACGGGCCCAGAGGUGGACAGCUGGUCCCUGGGUGUUCUACUGUACAUCCUGGUACAUGGCACCAUGCCCUUCGACGGGCAAGACCAUAAGACACUGGUGAAACAGAUCAGCAGUGGGGCCUACCGGGAGCCGCCGAAACCCUCAGAUGCCUGUGGCCUGAUCCGGUGGCUGCUAAUGGUGAACCCCACCCGCCGGGCCACCCUGGAGGAUGUAACCAGUCACUGGUGGGUCAACUGGGGCUAUGCCACCCGUGUGGGGCAGCAGGAGGCCGUGCACGAGGGAGGGCACUCUGGCGGUGACUCUAGCCGGGCCUCCAUGGCCGACUGGCUCCGGCGCUCCUCCCGGCCCCUCCUGGAGAACGGGGCCAAGGUGUGCAGCUUCUUCAAGCAGCACGCGCCGGGGGCGGCCAGCGUGGCCCCCAGCCUGGAGCGCCAGCACUCCCUCAAGAAGUCCCGCAAAGAGAACGCCAUGGCCCAGUCCCUCCAGGGGGCCCCGGCUGGUGACACCGCCCCUCGCCCCAGCAAGGACAACCUCAAACUGCCGAAGGGCAUCCUCAAGAAGAAGGCCGCUGCCUCCUCGGAACAGGCCGAGGAGGACUCUGAGCUCAGCCCGGCCCCCGCAGGCCCAGAGCAGGCCGCAGCCCCCCUGCUCCCCAAGAAGGGCAUCCUCAAGAAGUCCCGCCAGCGGGAGUCCGGGUACUACUCCUCUCCCGAGCCCAGCGAUUCUGGGGAGCUCUUGGACGCGGGGGACGUGUUUAUGAGCGCGGGGGACUCCGUGGAGCAGAAGCCGGCCCAGGCCUCGGGGCUGCUCCACCACCACCGCAAGGGCAUCCUCAAACACAACGGCAGGUUCUCCCACGCGGCCCUGCCGCUCACGGCGCCCGCCACCUUCUGCUCCCUGAACGAACUGGCCUCAGCCUGCCCUCCGCCCAGGGCCAGCCGCCCCUCGGGAGCUGUGAGCGAGGAGAGCAUCCUGUCCUCCGAGUCCUUUGACCAGCUGGACCUGCCUGAUCGGUUCCCCGGGCCUCUGCUGCGGGGCUGUGUGUCCGUGGACAACCUCACGGGGCUGGAGGAGCCCCCCUCAGAGGGCCCGGGAAGCAGGGGCCUGAGGCGCUGGAGGCAGGACCCCCUGGGGGAGAGCUGCUUUUCCCUGACGGACUGCCAGGAGGUGACGGAGGCCUACCGACAGGCCCUGGGCAUCUGCUCAAAGCUCAGCUGA